UUUUAGGGUUUUGGGUUUCCGUAAUAUAAAAGAUCACGCUUCGCCUCUUCUUUCUUUUUAACUUCGGCUUCUUCCUUUUGCACCCACCCUGUUUCUAUCUCGGCUCUGACGAGAAGCCGGCGCCGACAUGGUUCACGUCAGUUUCUACCGCAACUAUGGGAAGACCUUUAAGAAGCCUAGGCGUCCUUAUGAAAAGGAACGAUUGGAUGCAGAGUUGAGACUUGUAGGAGAGUAUGGACUCCGAUGUAAGAGGGAGUUGUGGAGGGUUCAGUAUGCUUUGAGCCGUAUCCGUAAUGCUGCUAGGGAUCUUCUCACUCUUGAUGAGAAGAACCCUCGGCGUAUUUUUGAAGGUGAAGCGCUUCUUCGUAGGAUGAAUAGGUAUGGACUUUUGGAUGAGAGCCAAAACAAGCUUGAUUACGUCUUGGCUUUGACUGUUGAGAACUUUCUUGAGCGUCGUUUGCAAACACUAGUAUUCAAGACUGGGAUGGCCAAGUCGAUUCACCAUGCUCGUGUGUUGAUUAGGCAAAGGCACAUAAGGGUUGGUAGGCAAGUGGUCAACAUCCCAUCUUUCAUGGUGAGGGUUGACUCUCAAAAACAUAUUGACUUCUCUCUCACAAGUCCCUUCGGAGGUGGCCGCCCUGGAAGAGUGAAGAGAAAGAACCAGAGAGCAGCUGCCAAGAAGGCUGCUGGGGGAGAUGGCGAUGAUGAGGAAGAUGAGUAAACGUUAAGGCCAUUACCCUGCAACUAGGAACCCUUGAAAGCAUAUGUUUGAAACUUUGCCAUCACCUCCAUUGUUAGACAUGGUUUGAGUUUUGUUUCCAGAUCUCUACUGUAGCGGAUAUUGGUAUAUGUCUUGCAUUUAGUAAUCUGUGUUUUUUUAUCCCUGAUUUAAAGCUAUUUAAGUAAGUAUGCUGUUUAAGGAUUGAAGUAUUUUAAUGGAUGACGUAUUCUAUUAAACCUAAAA